AUGACCGCCACUAUGCAAACCCUUCCAUUCAAGCAGUUCGCUCCAGAGCCGGGGCAGGAUUGGCCACCGCCAUGCGAGCAGGAGAUAGAGAGGAGGUACCAGGUGGUGCCCUCUGUGGUCUGUGCCAUGUGCUGCCUUUUUGGGAUCAUCUACUGCUUCUUUGGUUACCGCUGCUUCAAGGCUGUCAUGUUCUUGACAGGUCUGAUGUUUGGCUCGGUGGUCAUCUUCAUGCUCUGCUAUAAGGAACGGGUUCUGGACACACAGCUGAGCGUGGAAGCCAGCGUUGGCAUUGGCCUGGGCAUUGGUGUCCUUUGUGGACUGGUAACCAUGCUUGUGAGGAGCGUGGGACUGUUCAUGGUGGGCUUGCUGCUAGGGCUGCUGCUGGCCAUAGCCACGUUAAUUGUCAUGGAGCAGUUCUACCACCCGCGCACCGUCUGGGUUCCGGUGGCGCUUCUCCUCCUCGGGAUUGGCAUGCUGUUUGCCGUGUUGACCUUACAGUGGCAGCGCUUCUUCACUACACUCUCCACUGCUGUCUUUGGCAGUGCCAUCAUGACUGUGACUGUGGAUUACUUCAUUGAGCUCUUUCUUCUGGUGCAGUACGUGUACCAGCGCAUGAAGGUUGACCCUCCGCAGUCUGUCUGCUGGUACAGCUGGGUCAUCCUUGGGAUCUGGCCUGUGCUCAGCUUACUGGGGGUGCUCGUCCAGUGGAAAGUCACAGCAGAGGGCUACUCACACACAGAAGUUAUCAUUAGCCGGCAGCAGCGCCGGGUCCAACUCAUGAAAAUAAAACAGAGAGAGGAGCGUAAGGAGAAAAAGAAGAAGAAGAAGAGGCCUCACCACCAUCAUCCUCAUCCUCAGCACAAAACACCCCACCCGCCUGAGCCCGCCUUCCGGAGGAAGCCCACCCCUAUCCGCCGAUUUGAUGGCGAUGUCAUUUCCCCAAGCUACAUUCAGAGUUUCCGAGACCAGCAGUCAGGUUCUUCUCGGGGCCGGAUCACUGGAGCUCACACAGUGGUGGACCUGGACUAUGACUGUGGAUCUCGUGUGCCGCUGACUGCGGGAGCGGCAUCGGCUGUCCGUGUAUAG